GCUAUCUUUACAAGAAGUACACGUAUCCGUUCUGCGAUGUCGGGGACAUUUGCAUGGCCACCCCACUUCCGGAGAUAGAGGACCAGACUGUGGCUCCAGCUUACUUCGUUGGACCCGCAAAAGUCAGGUACAUGGAUGACUUGGCCGAGAAGGAGGUUGAAGUCAGCAAGGUCUCCCCCUUCUGCGAGGAGAGCCGAAAGAAAGCAGUCAAGCUGUACCUUCAGAAGGUGGAGGCAGAGAAAGCCAAGGCUGCGCAAACCGACGACCUCGCGGCGAAGGCAUUGGCGACGGUGAGGCAGGAGGUUGAGACCUUUGCGGCGGACGGUAAGCUGCCCUACAAGCUGGAAGAGGAGUCUCCUACGCUGGCAUUGCUAUCAAAUCUGAUGUCUGCAUACGGCCUGCCGGAAGACGAGAAGGUCAACGCCUUCGCCGGAGAGCGCUGGAUCGCAGCCUGUGAGGAAGUGGAUCCUGAUGCGACAGGCGCAAUCGCCGAAGACCAGCUUGUGCCAGUGUGGCAGAAGGUGAAGGCUGCGUUUGUCAGCAUGUUCGAGAGCAAACUCGAGGAGCUUCGCGGUUGA